AUGGCUGAAGUUGCAAAAAACAGGAGCGCGGAGAACCUGAACAGAAAUGAAAAGCAGAGCGACGUGAGGCAGAUGAACAUCUUGGCGGCGAAGGCCGUGGCGGACGUGACGAGGACGAGCCUGGGCCCGAAGGGCAUGGACAAAAUGAUCGAGGACGGAAAAGGAGGAGUGAUCAUCACGAACGACGGAGCGACGAUCCUGAAGGAAAUGGCCGUGGCGCACCCGACGGCCAAGAUGAUCGUGGAGCUGAGCAAGGCCCAGGACGUAGAGGCAGGGGACGGCACAACAUCCGUAGUGGUGAUGUGCGGGUCCCUCCUAAAUGUGUGCAAAUCGUUGCUAGACAAAAAUAUCCACUGCCAAAAAAUUUCGGAAAGUUUUUUCGAAGCAUCAUUGAAGAGCGAAGAGAUAUUAAGAAGCAUGUCCAUCCCAAUAGACCUGAAUGAUAAAAAUAUGUUAAUUCAAAAUGCUAUAACGUCUUUAAACUCGAAGGUGGUUUCCCAUAAUUCGUCUCUCCUGGCCCCAAUAGCAGUAGAUGUCAUUUUAAAAAUAACAGAUAUUAAUAAAGACACGAAUGUAGAUUUGAACAACAUAAGAAUUGUAAAAAAAUUGGGAGGCACAAUUGAAGACACGGAAAUUGUAGAUGGCUUGAUAUUCACGAGCAACAAAAUUAGCAAGAGGGCACACGGAAUAAAAAAUUUGUCCCAAGCGAAAAUUGGACUCAUACAGUUCUGCCUCUCUUUACCCAAAACAGAUAUGGAUAACACAGUGGUGGUUAAGGAUUACAAUAGCAUGGAUCGAUUGCUCAGAGAAGAGAGAGUAAUCAUCGCCAAGAUGAUAAAGAAAAUUGCUUCAACUGGUUGUAACUUACUGCUCAUACAGAAGAGUAUCCUUCGAGAUGCCGUCAACGAUUUAGCUCUCGAUUUUUUAGCCAAGUCCAAAAUUAUGGUAAUAAAGGACAUCGAAAGGGAGGAUAUAGAAUUCAUUUCGAAAACUUGCAAUUGCGUUCCUGUUGCCAGUUUGGAUUAUUUCACUCCGGAUAAGUUAGGCUAUGCUGAAAGUGUCAUCACAGAAUCGAUUGGGUAUGGGGAGAUUGUUAAAAUUACCGGAGUGGAGUCCAAAAAUACCAUUUCUGUUUUGUUAAGAGCUUCCAAUAACCUUAUGCUGGAUGAAGCGGAAAGGUCUCUACAUGAUGCCCUCUGUGUUGUUCGAAGCUUAAUUAAAGAGAAGGCCAUUUUACCUGGAGGAGCUGCCCCAGAAAUGGAGCUGUCCCAAAAGUUGUACCAGUGGGCAAAUACUCUCAAAGGCUCGAAGCAAAUUUGCGUCAAAGCCUUUUCAGAUGCUUUGGAAUUAAUCCCAUACACGUUAGCGGAAAACGCAGGCCUGUCGCCACUUCACAUUGUCACAGAAUUGAGGAACAAACAUGCGGAGGGGCAUAAGUACUUCGGGAUAAACAUCCGCACGGGCACUAUAUCGAACAUGAUCGACGAAAACGUCAUACAGCCUUUGCUAGUCACGUCCACCGCGAUCAAGUUGGCUACCGAAACCGUCAUGAUGAUUCUCAAAAUUGACGACACGGUCAUUUGUAGGUGAGAGUCCCUUCUUUCACGCAAGUAGGCAGUUCACUUAAGAUUUUCCUCCCCAAAAAAAGACGAAAAAAGACGAAGCGGGCUUUGUCGAAAGGGCGAAGUUGCGUCGGAUUUGGUCCCCACUUUGGGGGUCAUCCCAACCGGUGCAAUCUGCAACUGUGCAAUCGGCCCCUUUCGCAAAGCAGGCGGUGUGGCAGUCAAUUUAGAAGCGGGGGGACUACCCGAGUUACUCCCUUGCUCAGUGACACCGCUUACUGUGCACAUGAAAAUUUAGCUCUGUCUGUUCGGCGGGCGUUCUAAAUAAUCACCGCUGCGUGACGAAUGGUCCAUUUUCUUGUCACGGCGUUGCAUACUGUGCCAGCCAGGCAGCCAGCCAUCCAACCGUGUAUACACGUUGAAGGACCCAUCGUGGGGAGCCGAACAGGAAGGGUCACUCCCCCAACCCUCCCCUGUUACUUCCUGCCAUGGCCAUGCCAAACUGAGAAUACAUAUAAAACGUAUGCAUCAUCGAAACGGUAGCCCUGUCGGUAACCCGUUAGGUACCCCUUUUUUUUUUCGAACCAUUUUUUACCCAUUUAUUUAUCUU